ACAUCAUUCUCCCCAAACCAGGCUGGUUCUGUCUACACAGUCCCCUACUUACUAAUCUACAAACCAAUACACCUUUUCUUUCCUCUCUUCUGACACUUUAUCUCUCAUAUUAUCUCUUUUUUCCCUCCUAUUUUACCAAGAUUGGACGACAACUUCAUCAGUGUAUUCAGUAUACAGAGAGAGAGACACCUCAUUAUGUAUCUAUACAGAGAGAGAGAGAGAGAAAAGGCUGCAGAAAUCUUUGAGAUUUGUGUCUUGGUUUAUGUAGAGUAAUAAAAGAGGAAAUUUUUACAUAAAACAGCCUAGCAAGUAUAGGUGAAAUAGUUAAUUCAAAGGCGGCUACAAAUUUAAGACUCAACCAAUCUUUCUUCAUUUCUUGCAUGUGGGGUUGGCUUAAUUUUGAGUCUUUUGUGGUUUAGUGUUAAUGGAAAGUUAAAAAAGGGAUUAUGGGUGUUGAAAUUUUGCUGUUUUGGCUCGAGGGUCGAGGUGGUUGUUGUUGUGGGAGCAAAAGCAAAAUCAAGAUUAUGCUCUCUGAGAUUUUGGUUUUUCUUGAGGGAAAAAAAGAUGAAGUUCAUGAAGUUGGGAUCAAAACCAGAUACAUUUCAAGAUCAAGGAAAAGGUGUAAGGUACGUGCCGUCUGAGCUGGCAACAGAUGUUACCAUCAUUGUUGGUGAAGUAAUAUUUUAUCUUCACAAGUUUCCUCUGUUGUCCAUGAGCAACAGUCUGCAAAAACUUGUUUCAAAAGCAAAUGAAGAGAAUUCUGAUGUAAUUCAGUUAGUUGAUUUUCCUGGUGGACCUAAAGCUUUUGAGAUUUGCGCCAAAUUUUGCUAUGGAAUGACAGUGACUCUCAAUCCUUACAAUGUUGUUGCUGCACGCUGUGCAGCUGAGUACCUUGAGAUGACAGAAGAAGUUGACCGAGGAAACCUUAUCUUCAAAAUCGAGGUAUUCCUCAAUUCCAGUGUUUUCCGCAGCUGGAAAGAUUCAAUUAUUGUUCUACAAACCACCAAGUCUCUUCUACCGUGGUCUGAAGAUCUGAAGGUGGUAGGGAGAUGUAUAGAUUCUAUUGCAUCAAAAACGUCGAUGGAUCCUUCGAGUAUUGCAUGGUCCUACACGUAUAACAGAAAAGUGGCAGUCUCAGAUAAGAUCACAGAAGUUGGGAUGAAAUUCCCUGGAAAACUCGAAUCAGUGCCCAAGGAUUGGUGGGUUGAAGAUAUAUGUGAACUUGAGAUAGAACUUUACAAGCGAGUUAUGGUUGCAGUUAAAUCUAAGGGAAGGAUGGAUGGUAGUGUUAUUGGCGAGGCACUAAGAACUUAUGCAAUGAGAUGGCUGCCUGAUUCUAUUGAGGCUUUGGUGUCUGAAGCUCACAGUAGAAGAAACAAGUCCUUGUUAGAAACUAUAAUCUGCUUAUUGCCUUCUGACAAAGGCGUUACUUGUUCGUGUAGUUUCUUGCUUAAGUUGCUGAAAGUCGCUAUUCUUGUGGGAGCAGAUGAUUCAUCAAGGGAUGAGCUUGUAAAAAGUAUCAGCUUAAAGCUGGAUGAGGCUUCCGUCAAUGAUCUUUUGAUUCCAGCAAGGUCUCCCCAAACUAAUGUUUAUGAUGUUGAACUAGUGAAGUGCCUUGUGAAUCGAUUCAUGGCUCGUGAAAGAAGUAGCCGGGAUAAGAACAUUCCCCCGAAAAGCACCAAUGAUUUCAUCUUGGGGCAUGCAUCAUGGUUGAAAGUUGGUAAAUUAAUUGAUGGCUAUCUUGCAGAAAUUGCUCGUGAUCCAAAUGUCAGUCUCUCUAUUUUCAUUGAACUGUUGCAAUCAAUUCCAGACUCAGCAAGACCAAUCCAUGAUGCAUUAUAUGAGGCAAUCGAUAUCUAUCUGCAGGCACACUCAAGCUUGACAAAAGCUGAGAGAAAACAUUUGUGUGGUCUCAUGGAUGUCAGGAAAUUAACAAUGGAUGCAUCUAUGCAUGCAGCACAAAAUGAACGGUUGCCUCUCCGGACAGUCGUUCAAGUCCUGUUCUUUGAGCAAAUUAGAGCAGCUGCUGGAGUUCAGACCUUAAAUCACAGAAAUACUGAUGCUGUAGAUUCCACUAGGAAGACUGAAGAAUAUUGGCAGAAAACAUUACUAGAAAAGCAGAACGUAUCGAAGCCAUUGAGUGAAAUAAAGAUAAAAGGUGAAGAUCCACAGAAGAACAUGAAGUUGGUUAAGAAGGCUAGCAAAAACAGAAGUAGUGGACCACAGUUGAUGCCAUCAAGAUCAAGGAGAAUAUUUGACAAGCUGUUUGUUGGUAAGGUGUCUGGUAACGGCGAAAACCGGAGCUCUGAGACAUCUGGUAGUUCUCAGAGUCCAACCUUAAGGAUUAUUCAAGGAGAAAUGAAGUCAUCUAGUUCAUGUUCAAGAAAUAGGAGGAACUCAAUUUCAUAAGUAAUUCAUGUAGUCUUUUAGAUUCAUCCAUGUGUGUAAGAAUCCAAUUUGUGUAAAAAGUGGUAAACUUUGUUGAAGUAGUUAAGAUGUUUAAUCAUCAUAGUACUCCCUCUAUUUCAAUUU